UGCGGAGUUAACAACCAGUAAGGGAGAUAACGACUUGGGGUUUGGAGAAUGGACGAGUUCAUUUUGAGGCAGGGGUCGCGGCAGCGUCGACGUCACUCGUCGAUGCUUCAAUCGAGGCAACAAGACAACGGCGGCUCCUCUGGUUUUCUUGCCGUGCUGUAUGUUGCACAUACAGCGCAUUUCACAAUAAAGUUGCAUUUGAUUCGCGACAUAGUAGCUGUCGCGACCCUGCCCCUACUGCAGAAUGCGCCUGCCCUUACGGGGUGGGGGUAGUGGUGUGCAAACAUGGAGAGCAUCCGGCUGGAGAAAGAAAGACAUGUCGCCUUCAGGAGGUGUCCGUUUGCACUUUGUCCCUUCGCUAUUUUGGGUUAUUACAAACGCAAUCAACGUAGAGUAGCGACCAGUGUGCUAUGCAGCGAUGCUCUUGGAGUGAGCCAUUAUUAGCUCGACCUGUCCCGAAAAGAAGGUGACUUCGAGGAAAAACACGCAUCGUUAGCUCGCUUUAAGUAAGUAAAGCUUGUAUUGACUUACCUCUCCCUCACCUCCCCCAAAUUACACCUUGGAUGUCCACCCCAAUACGGAACCACAAGGCGGAAACUGUAAAACAGCGGCACGCUUCAUUGUCAUGAACUGAUCGCCCCAGCCAUGAAAGACACAUUUUAAACCAGAAGAACCAGAACAUCAUCACGCAGCCAUGGGCUUUUGUUCGCCUGGGUUCAAGAUGUUGUGCAGAGUCAAGUACAUUUUCCUGCUGCUUCUCUGCCUGUCUGUGCUGGCAUGGAUUUCCAUGCUCUCGGGCGACAGCAUUAAAUCUGCCCUGGCCCCCUCGGCGGCGAUGCUACGUCUCGUUAAAGAAGAGGACACCCAGGAUGUGGCAAACUCGGGGCCAUCGACAGCGGUUCGCUUAAUGACACCGACGCCGAGAGCAGAGUGUCCCAAGGAGUCGCCGCUGCUACAAGGAGCGGUGAAGCUGAACUUUGAGCCCUCUCUGCGAUUGGAGGAGGUGGAGGGCGAGAACAAGCGAGUCGCCGAAGGCCGCUACCGACCUUGGGACUGCGCUGCCAGACAGAGCGUGGCCAUCCUCAUUCCCCAUCGCAACCGAGAGCGGCACCUCCUCUAUCUGCUCCACCACCUGCACCCCUUCCUGCAGAGGCAGCAACUCCACUAUGCUGUUUACGUCAUCCAGCAGGCCGGCGAUGGCACUUUUAACCGUGCCAAAUUACUGAACGUGGGCUACUUGGAGGCGCUGAAAGACUACAGUUGGGAGUGUUUCAUUUUCCACGAUGUGGACCUGGUUCCCGAAAAUGAUCACAAUCUCUACGUCUGUGACUCGCAACCCAAACAUCUGGUAGUUGGCCGCAAUUCCACCGGAUACAAGUUGCAUUACAAAGGCUACUUUGGAGGAGUCACGGCCAUGAGCAGGGAGCAGUUUGGUAAAGUGAAUGGAUUUGCAAACACCUACUGGGGUUGGGGCGGAGAAGAUGACGACCUACGAAGCAGGGUGGAGCUGCAGAAAAUGCAGAUUGUGCGGCCACCUGCUGACAUUGCACGCUACACAAUGGUGUUUCACAAACGGGACAGCGGGAACGAAAUCAACAAGGACAGGAAAAAGCUGUUGAGACAAACGUCACGGGUUUGGAAAAGAGACGGACUGAAUAGCUGCAAAUAUCGGACCUUAUCAGUGGAGAGGCUGCCGCUCUAUAUCAACGUGACCGUGGACAUCGGGAAGCCGUAGGACCGACUGUUUCAAACGAGCUCAGCUCAUCGCGAUGCCGUUUGAAAGUGUGGAGUGAAAAGACGACCAUGUGCCAUUGUGACUUGCACAUGAUAUAUCAAGCAGGCAAGUGCGUUUAAAGAAGCGGAAGUGAAAGAGCAAAAGUGAUCGCCACUGCAAUAUCCCACUUUGGGAUUUCAAGCUGACCUCUCUGCGGCAACGAAACAGUUCAGCAAAUCUUCUCGAAUCGAAUGCGACACUUGAGCUUUAUUGUUGGGCUCCGCAUUUGUCAAACAACAUAUUGCGAAAGGGCCCUUCCGUGUGCCGCUGAGGAGUGUCCAAACAUUGAUGCGUUCCCUUUAUCUUUUGACGUUUCUUUCACGGUGUGUCCAUGCAGGACUCGGGACUGCGUGAGGUUGAAUGUACUGAAUGUGAUUCGAGUCAGUUCCUUUUUUUUUGGGGGGGGGGGGGGGGGCUAGAUUGCACUUUUUGACAUUUCAUUGGCAUAUUCUUUCAAAGUCCACAUUGCUCAACAUAUCUUUGGCCAAAUGUAAAUUGUUCGGACUCAAAAGGUUCAGUGAACACUGGGGCCGAGCCAUAUUUUGAAUUCAAAAGACAUCUCGAUAUUAUUGCACGACUAAAUACAACAUUAUUCUUGACUUGUUGAUAUUCAAGGAGCGUUUGUUUUGCAGUACAAAAAUGCCCUCGAGGUAAGCAAUAAAAGGGGCCGUUCAGCUGAAAUAUUUGAAUGUAUUUAUUUACACACACGACUGAUCAUGUUGAACACUAGUUAUGCGCAACAAUUUCCAAAAUGCGGUCAUUAAAAAAAAAACGUGUGACGUGUCUCUGUAGGGUUUGUGUGACGCUGCGAAUCUUUGGCUGUCCUCAGAUAGAGAUAGUAAUUUCUGUUUUAUUGUUAAAAUAGUCAAUUAUUAUUCCUCGACUGCCUUUUCUUCAAAGUUAAUUUUGUCCUGCCAUGUUCAACGGACAGAAAAGAUGGAAUUUUGUGUGUGAGUAUUACAUUUUAUUUUUUUUAAAAAAGGGCCUUCUUGUUCUUGCUUUGCAAGAAAAUGGAAUGAAUGGUGGUGGAUCAAUGUGACCAAUGAAAAUAGCUUCUCGUUAUAACUAACUGCAUGAUGGUUAGUCAUGGGACUCGCAUGAUAUUAUAUCACAUCUUCGAAGGGAUGCGCGGCUACUUGUGUGUUUACAACAUGCAUAUUUUGUGACCAUCAAAACUUUCUUCCAUUCAUAGGUUGGUUGCAAAGUACUUGAAUGGCACCUUCUGACGAUUUCAGACACAUUGCCAACCGUGAAAGAACAAUCUUGCUACAAAUGUUUUCUCCUGAAAUUACGCUUUCUAGAGUCAUAACGAAACAAUUCAUAAUUUGAGAGUGUCAUUGGUCGAUUUUUUUUUUCAAGUGGCGCAGAGUUUGAUAAAAGAUUCAUCCUGACACAUUUCGUGGUGAAGAAAAUGUCGAAUAAACUGAUAUUUUCAUAUUGUCA